UAAAAAACGAGGAAAACUCUGCGAUCAUUGUGCAACAUUGGAACCGAAAAUCUGUCGAAAUUGCUGGCGUUGCAGGAUUGGCAAUAUCGUUAAAAUUUAGUCCCGGAAGCAACGACUGCAUGAAUUUAGGAUAAUAGAAGCAGUUGGGGUGAAUCCCCUGUCUUUGCUCAGCGUAAGCAUGGAGGAUUAUGACUACUUAUUCAAAAUUGUGCUGAUAGGAAAUGCAGGAGUGGGCAAAACCUGUCUCGUUCGACGUUUCACUCAGGGCCUGUUCCCCCCUGGACAAGGUGCUACCAUUGGAGUUGAUUUCAUGAUCAAAACUGUUGAAAUAAAAGGAGUAAAAGUAAAGACACAGACGGCAGGAGAUGAAUGGCAGCCUGACAGGCUGAUUGUUCCUGCUGAGAGUGCGGUUCAGACUAUUCCUAUUAACUCAAAACAGUACCAACAAGAACUGUGGAGCUCUGAUGGAGAGCUGACACCGCACCUGCAGCAGGACCAACUAGUCAAGGUCACUGAAGGCAUGAUUUAUGACGAUAAAUACAUCGUUCCAGAAGCCCUCCAGAAACCACUGCUGUUGUUGUUUGCAGGGAAUAAGAUAGACUUGGCUGAUAAGCGAGAAGUCCACCAGCAGCUAGCGGAGGAGUUUGCAGAGGCACGGAGUAUGCUCUAUCUGGAGACCUCUGCAAAAGAAUCAGACAACGUGGAGAAGCUCUUCUUGGACCUGGCCUGCGAACUGAUCCGUGAAGCCAAGCAAAACACGUUGGACAACAACGACUCCACCCCCAUGCCUGGAGAAGGGAAGACCAUCAAUUACUUGAGUUGCUGCAGCAUGAACUAGAACACUCUGGCUGAGGAGACCGCAUGGAUUGCAUAAAAAGUGGUUGUAUUUUUGGUGAUUACUAAAUAGUGACAGUGGUUAGCUACUCUGACACUGCUGUUGAAUUCUACUUCAGUUACCCUUGAAACCCUGGGUAUUUUAAACUGUACUCACUGUACUUUAGAGAAAAAAUAUAUCAAGAAUAGACAAAUGAUGCUGCUUUAGGGGGACUGAAGCUCUUAGAUGCUUUUAGAGAUACAAAUAAGGACCUUGCUACAAAAUAGUGCUUGCUGAUAGUUUAGACAAUGAGAUUUUUUACACUUCUGUACAAUGCAACAGUUGGGAUUUUCCUGCUGACUUGGGAGCCAAUGCAUUUGUUUAUUAGAGAUUUUAAAAACAAGAAUGCAGGUCUACAUCAGCAAUUUCACUCGCUUAAGGAUUAGUUUACCCAACAUGAAUAAAUAUAAUUUAAUAAAUAUAAUUUACUCAUAUGGUUCCAAACACCUAUGGGUUUCUUUUUAACUUUUGAUGAACAUCCUGGUUGUUAUUUUCCAUAUAAUUAAAGUGAAUGGGGACUAAGGCUGUCAAUCUCUAAAAUGAAAAACAGCACCAUAAAAGUAAUCCUUACAACUAGUGUGCUAUAUUUAAGUCUUCUGAAGCAUUCCAUAGUUUGGUGUGAGGAACAUCCCAAAUUUUGGUGUUUUGUUAUUCAUUGAAAAUCUUCCUCUCACCAAUAGCUUUCUAAUCUCAUUCACACUUCUGCUUAUUUAUAGUAGUUGUUUGCCAAACACGUGAGAACCAAUGAUGUUUGGUGUCUGACGUUGACCAGGUGUGGGAAUUACUUUUAAGAGCUACAGAGGGGAAGAUUAUUUAUUAAUACCAAUUUAUUUCUUUAGGAGGAAAGCAAGUCAUAGAUUUGGAAAUGAAAUGAAUUGGAUUUUCAUUUUUUGGUUGAACUAUUCCAUUACAUCACUGGUGCAAAGUUGGUGUGUUGUUAUGCACACGUUUAUUAUUUAUUCACAUAAAAUGCUCUUCCUGGCUUGAGAGAUCAUUUGAGGUGGCUUAUGCAUGCUGAUUUUUAAUGAAGAUCUCAAAAUGCAAUCUGUGACAGGAUUAUGUAAAGUACAACAAAUUAAUCCUCAUGUAUUAGUCAGUUUGUUUAUAACAUACACUCCCCUUAUGCUUGCAUGGAUGUGUGGUUGUUUAAUACUCAACACAAAGGCCAUGUCAUUUGAAAAAUCAUAGCAAAACCCAAUGUGCCUCUGCUAUAUUUCCAUCAUGUCAAGGACCCAGGUCAUGUUUCACCACAAAAGUUGUGAGGAAAACAAUAUGAAAUUAUAUUUUACGUAAAGAAAAUUAGGCCUUUUUAAGAUUAAGAUUAUUUUGCUUUUUUAUUUAUUUUUUAUUUUUUUACAUGACAAUUAAUCAUAUUUCCUCCCAAAUGUACUGUAGGUUGACCAUUGGGGUUUUCAAUGGCAGAUGUUGAUAUCAAUACAAAUACUGAGCUAUCAGUUUUGUUAAUUGAUGGCACGGCCAUCGUCCCACGCCAUAAUCUUAAAGUGGCCAAACAUGUAACCAUGUCUGGCCAAUAUAUCUGCCUAUCACUAACUGGUGAUUCACUGUUUGUAUUUCUCAUUGAUACACUUUGACGAUAUCAUUGAUGAUAAUUACAUUUUCAGUACUUUAAUAUAGUAAUUAAAAAAUACAGACACAGUAAUGUAGUUAUUUAUUUUUUUAAUUACAAUCAGUAUAAAGGCAGUAUAAGGAUUACUAUAUGUAUAAAUAGAAAUUUAAUUUUAAUUACAAUUUAAAUAAUAUAUCAAUUUUAAUAUUAACAUUUAAAUAAUGUAUUAUUGUUUUUCACAAUUGUGAGAAUGUGUUUUCAUUUUCCUGAAAAUUCUUGAAUUAUGCUAAAUAUAAUUUAGAAUAAUAUCUGUUUUCUUUCCCAAUUGAUUUUGGGUUGAAAAUGACCUGGGCAUGUUCUUUAUUGGAUUUGUGAGAUUCACAAUUUACUAGGUUUUAUUUGGCCAAGCUCUAGAAAUUAUUUUUAAAUGCCUUUGCACAUUAUGCCCUUAAAGUGAAUGCUAUGGACUCUUAGGCCAUUGUCUAAAAUUAUUAUUUCAUUCUAUAUUGAUAUUUUAUCCAAGAAUUUUCUAGAAGUAUUUACUGUUGGACAUAUUCUGUGCUUUCACUUUUAGAAGGAUUAGACAAGAAUUAAAAUGUUACCGGAUGCUUUGUAAUUAAUUUUGUUCUGCUUUGGAAUUGUAAACGCAGUAGUGAUGUUUAUGACUUUUGGCACUUGAGAGGCUAAGAGAACUGUGUGUGUGUGUGUGUGUGUGUGUGUGUGUGUGUGUGUGUGUGUAUAGUUCACGUAUAAAUGAGAACAAUAUAAUUUGAUAGGUGUUUCAGAGUUUUUGCACAAUUGGUCUUGAUGUUUCAGUCCAUCAAAAAGAGGAGCUGUUGAUUGAGUUUUGUCAUAGUAUAAUACAGUAUGAUCCUGAUUUCAGUUGGCCUCUGUCAUUUUUUAUUUUUUUAAGACUUUUGUCUCUGCAGAACAAAAAUAGGCAUUUUCCAAUCAUUGGGCGUUUUCAAACCAGGAUGGCCAUUUUUCAACUGCUUUAGAGGAUUUGCCUACUACAUUGAGAUUCCCUACUUUCAUUGGAUGGUUUAGAAAUGCUCAUCCUGGUUUUGAAACGCCUACUGAUUUCUACAUUGAAAUUCCCUAAUUUCAUUGGAUAGUUGAAAAACGCCUAUCCCGAUUUGAAAACUCUCACAGAUUGACAAACACCCAUUAUUGUUCCGCAGAGACCUAUACUUUACUGAUUUUAAACAGAUUGUAUAAAUGUCCCUCCUACCUUGACUGUGUUGUAAGAUUGUUUGCACCUGUUUUAUUAUAAUGGAACUGUGAAACUUCUCUUUUAUAAACGUUCAGUAUUUUACUUGCUGCUAAAGACCUUUUUCCUGCAUUUAAGGUAUUUGUGCUUAAUUUUUUUUUUUAACUAAAUGAAAUGGAAUGGAUUUUACUCAGCUCUUUGUAAUAUUUGUGAUGAUAAUUCAUCUGUGAUGUUUCGGCUCGACAAAGUCCAUUCAUCACAGCUCUAAACAAUGUUUAACUUGAGGAACAAUUGUGUCCACUUUUUUAUUUAUUUUUUUAUUUGGUUGUUCAUGCUAAUUUGCAGUAUAAUUACUUUUCUUCAUUUUAACACAUAGCUGCUUAUCUUUGCUAUUAAAGUUUUUUAUUAACACUUUCUAUUAUUUUAAAGUGAUAACCUUUCCUAGUUUUAUAAAACCACUUUCUUUCUAAAUGAUGUGACAUGCACAGUAUUUUCUCUGUCAGGUAUUUUGUCUAGCUUUGUUUUACAGAUAUUUGCCAUAUUGUACCAACAUAUUUCAUUGUGUACCAGUGGCUUUUGCUAGGAUUAUUUGUUUUCUGUAAAAGGCUUUGUCUAUCGCAAUGUCUAGUAGCAUUACUAAGCUCUUACUUUUUCUGUAUAGACAAUGUUAAUAUCACCAUUUCAUCAUAAGAAGUACGAUAAUCAGCCAGGGUAACCAUCUUGGGGGCACAACUCCAUUCUUUGACUUUUAUCCAUUAGAUAAAUGUACAUUUGUUAAAUGUGUGCAUUUUAAGUUGUGAUGCGUCUUGUGUAAUACAUUUAUCAUGAUUAAAGAGCUGAAUUUCAUAACCGCAGCAAUUCAGUACUUUUAAGGUUUUAGUUUUAGCAAUUAUAUUUGUGUACAAUUUUCUUUUAAUUCUCAAUAUAUAGAUUGAAAGUUUAUUUCUCAAAAUAAACCUGGU